AUAACAAACAUGGCGCUGGUUUUUCUAGGGACGUCACACUCUUGCGACACGCGCCCAGCUUUCCUCUGUGCAUGUGUCAGGACAGCCCAGGCUACACACACGUGUGAACCGAGUCCAUGGCGGCUCCUCCAGUGGUGGAGCUGGGUUUUGUCCAGGAGGCUGAAUCCCUGCGGCUCCUCAGUCCCCAUUUCCCCAGUAAGGCUGGUGGGCGCCCUGCCUGGCUGGGAGAGGUGGGAGUGCCUGGCCCUGAAUCCCUCCAGUGUGGCCUUUGCCAGAAGCCCCUGGCCUUCCUGCUGCAGGUAUACGCGCCGUGCCCGGGGAGCUUUCACCGCACCGUGUUUCUGUUUUGCUGUCGGAGCCCCCAGUGUCACAGAGUGGGAGAGACGGGCUGUUUUAAGGUUUUCCGGAACCAGCUCCCUCGAAAGAAUGACACCUACUCCUACGACCCUCCUCCAGAAGUGCUCCCUUCUGAGGGCUCAGGCAGCCCAAGCUUUAGACUGAAAUGUGGGCUUGGACUCUGCAGGGUCUGCGGCUGUCUGGGGCCCAAGCAGUGCUCAAAAUGCCACAAGGUUAGCUAUUGCAGCAAGGAGCAUCAGCUGUUGGACUGGAAAGCCCAGCAUAAAAAGCUCUGCAGUGAGCAGCUGGACCUGUCCAAUGCAGCUCUUCCAGAUCACAACUUUUUAUUCCCUGAAUAUGAGAUUGUUACUGAACCUGAAGAACUGGAGUCUGACUCUGAAAAUGAUGAUGAUGAGGAGCAGCCAGGGUUAGAUAAGGCUGCAGAUGGCAUUAUGUCUGGUGAAGCCUCCCUGAGUGACAACCUAACAUCCGAUGACAAAGAUCUAGAGGCCAUGGCUAGGCAUGAGAGCACAGAUGAUGUGGUAUUCAAUCUUUUCAAAAAGCGCAUUGCUGCAGAGCCAGACCAGGUUCUGAGAUACUGCAGAGGAGGUGAACCAUUGUGGAUGUCAGCCCAAAAUGUCCCAGCAGCUAAUGAUAUUCCAGACUGCCAGUGUGGAGCAAAGAGGGUGUUUGAAUUUCAGGUUAUGCCACAGCUACUGAAUCACCUUAAAGUGGACAGCCUUGGAGAAAGUAUUGACUGGGGUAUUUUGGCAGUGUUUACAUGUAUCAAUAAUUGUAACGCAGAAAAGGAUUACUUAGUGGAAUUCUUAUGGAAACAGGAUGUGGUGGACAGUGCCCUAUAAAAUACUUUAUUUUUGCAUUAUUACAGGAGCACUUCAUGUUUUGCUAAUUUAUACAGACAUUUUUGGAGAUG